UCCUCCUCAGCUUCUUCAUCAUCGGAAGAUGAAUCCAUGCCGAAAAACAUCCAACUCUUAAAAGCUUUGGAGGAGAGGCGUCUAAUGGAAGAGCGAGAAAAAAAGCGUCUAAAGGAGGAAAUGAAAGCAAAAGAAACUCCCGAACAGAAACGUGAACGACGAUUGCGGGAGAAAGAAGCCAAGGAAUUGAGGCGCAAACAACGCAUGGGCUGGGACAAUGAAUAUCAAACCUACACCGAUCAAGACAAUCCUUUUGGUGAUUCAAAUCUAACAUCCACAUUUGUUUGGUCGAAAAAGUUGCAGAAGCAGGGUUUGAAAGAUGCUCCCCUCCAAACUGUUGAAGCCAUCAACCGGCAAAAACAGCUGGAGAACAAAAUUGAAUUGGAAAAGGUGAAGAAGAGGCGAUUGGAACGAGAACGGGAACGACAACAACGGGAAGAGGAAAUGAUUUUGCAGCAAAGAGAAAAGGAAGCCGCACAAUUCCAUGAAUGGGAAAAACAAGAAGAUCAAUUCCACUUGGAACAAGCUCGUCUCAGAAGUGAAAUUCGCAUCCAAGAUGGUCGGGCAAAGCCUAUCGAUUUACUGGCCCAAUACAUCAACGAUUCCAAACUGGAAGAUGCAAUUGAAAUGCAAAUGCAUGAGCCUUACUUUGUUCUCAAUGGAUUAAAUAUAAAAGAUCUGGAGGAUCUGUUGGUCGACAUUAAGGUCUAUAUAGAACUGGAGAAAGGAGAACAUAUAGACUUCUGGAACGACAUGACAAUUAUCGUCGAAGAUGAAUUGCAAAAACAGAGGAAACAGGCAGAACUUGAUGAGGCUGUAAGUUCUCGCCGUGAAGGAAUACAUGAAAGUGUGGUCAAAGAUGUCUCGGCCACGUUCCGUAACAAAACUAUAGCCCAGUUGGAUGAGCUAAGGGCGAAAAUUGAAAGUAAAAUUGAGUCUCGAACGGAAGGUGUUGACAUAAGUUAUUGGGAGAAUAUUUUAUCUCAGCUAAAAGCUCAUAUGGCUCGGGCACGACUAAGGGAUCAUCAUCAAAAGAAAUUGCGCGAGAAGCUGGACUUGCUGAAAACAACAUCAGUCAAGGAAGAAGCAAAGGAAAAUAGUUCCACGGAAUCGCCACAUCAUACGGACAAUAAAGACGAAGAAAGCAACGAUGCCGGCACAGAAGUCUUUGAAAGCGAUUGUUUCGCAUUAUACGAUGAAGGAGGAUAUAGCCCAACGUAUAUACCCUUCGAAAAUCAAGGAUCACUUAAUGUUGUGGACGAAGAGGACGAUGAAAUUAAUUUGAAUACGAUGAGACAACAGUUGCUGGAAAUGAACCAAGAGUCGAGCAUGACUCAAGAAUUGGCCAGCAUGCGCCAAGAGGCACGCAAAGGAAUGUCUAGCGACGAAGUUGAGUUCUCCGUUGAAAUGCCCUGCGACAACUCAUUGGCCAUACAAUUGGCAACGGAUAAAUAUCGACCACGUAAACCUCGAUAUUUCAAUCGUGUACACACCGGUUUCGAAUGGAACAAGUACAAUCAGACCCAUUACGAUAUGGAUAAUCCGCCGCCGAAAAUUGUCCAGGGCUAUAAAUUCAAUAUAUUUUAUCCCGACCUGAUUGAUAAAUCGAAAACUCCACAAUAUUUUCUCACCCAGUGUGAAGAUAAUCCAGAUUUUGCAAUUUUACGAUUUCGUGCUGGGCCACCUUAUGAAGAUAUUGCCUUUAAAAUUGUUCAUCGUGAAUGGGAGUUCAGCUAUAAGAGAGGUUUCCGUUGCCAAUUUCAUAAUAACAUAUUUCAAUUGUGGUUCCAUUUCAAACGUUACCGCUAUCGUAGAUAA